AUGUCUUCGGACAUUGAAAGCUUCACGGCUCACCUGCAGUCGUCGAAACGCAUCUUGGCCUUGCUCGGUGCCGGACUGUCGGCCUCUUCUGGACUGCCUACCUUCCGUGGUGCCGGAGGCCUUUGGAGGACUCACGAUGCCAUCUCUUUGGCCACUCCCGAGGCCUUUGGUCGGGAUCCAGCCCUCGUCUGGCAAUUCUACAGUUACCGCCGCCAUAUGGCGCUCAAGGCGAAGCCAAAUCGAGCCCACCUCGCUCUGGCCGAGCUAGCUAAGAAGCACCCAGGCUUCAUUGCUCUCAGCCAGAAUGUUGACGGCUUAUCGCAACGUGCGAGACACCCUGCAGAUAAGCUCCAGCUACUUCAUGGCAGCCUGUUCAACGUCAAAUGCACCUCCUUCUACUGCUCAUACCACGCCGAGAACUUUACGGACCCCAUCGUACCCGCCCUCAGGAUACCCCUCGACGAAUCAGAUCCCACCACAAAAGAGGCUCGCCAUGCAGUAUCGCAAAAUCACAAAGAGGCGGAUAUAGCAGAUGCACAAGUCCAUCUACCCUCUGUUCAAGUAGCAGACCUACCGAAAUGUCCAGAGUGCCAUGAAGGUCUUUUGCGUCCCGGCGUCGUCUGGUUCGGCGAGUCUCUUCCGAGCAAAGUACUCAACGCGGUCGACAGUUUCAUCAACGACUCGACAAAGAUUGAUUUGAUAUUCGUCAUUGGAACAAGUGCCAGUGUCUAUCCCGCUGCUGGCUAUGUUGACGAGGCCAGAGCCAAAGGAGCCAGAGUCGCUGUCAUCAACGCCGACCGCGCAGAUGAGCCAGCCGGAGGUCUCACAGACAACGAUUGGUUCUUUGAAGGUGACGCUGCCCAGAUUGUUCCCGACAUCCUGAAGACCAUCAUUGGAGAGGUUGAACAACCAAUUGGGAUGCUAUAG